AUGGAAAAGUCCGCAAAAAGGAAGCAAAUCGAAAAGUUUAUGAAAUUAAUCGUCCAACAACUCACACCUUAUACUAGACACCCGAGGCUGAGGUCUGGGCAGACUGAAUCCACCAUCAAAACUGACAAUAUGGCUUCCUUCUCCUCUUCCUCUACUAGCGUGAUCACCGUCCUCUUGCUGCUCUUGCCCGUCCUCCUUGCGCCGCCGGCGAGUGCCGUCCCUGUACUUGCCGCAUGCAAGACCGUCGGCGGCGGGAGCACCUACUUCGACGUCACGUUCUGCCUGGAGGCCCUAGGCUCCGUCGGCGGUGGCGGUCUCUACCGAGACCUCGCCGCCGCUGCCGUGGGCCUCCUCGCUGCCAACGCCACCAGCACGGAGGCCAAGAUCGGCCGUCAGCUUGGGGAGAGCGGCGUGAAGAUUAAGGCGGGGGACGCGGCCCUGGCGCGGCCCCUCCGGUCGUGCCUGUCGCUGUACGGCGGUAUAGUGCACGGUGGGCCUGCGUGCGCUGCCGCGGUCAAGGGCGGGAAGUUCGGCGAUGCGACGGCGAUCCUGGAGAAGGCAGCGGCCGCAGCGAAGGAGUGCGAGGACGGGUUCAGGAGGAGCAACGCGGCUUCGCCGCUGACGGCGGAGGACGAUGACGCGUUCAAGCUCGCAAAGCUCGGCGUCGCGUUGCUCGGUUUCGCUUGAGAGCGCGGAAAUGAAUAUUGUUGUUUUGAAUAAAAUAAAUAUUUGCAUAUACUAUA